GGGCUACAGUACUAAAUUUGAACGCCCGUAGUAACAGGUUAUGUCGAAGUCUCUUUGUCCUUGUUCUCCGAGUCAUAUAUGCACGUCUUAGUUAAAAAAGACAUCACAAGCACUAUGGAUUGAUUCAAUAUGAAAGAGCCAUGAAUGGAUUUAUUAUUCCACUGCACUAAGCGGAAUUCCGAGGAAGAGUUCAAGCCUCCGAUUUCAGGGUCAACAGCGGAGUUGCAGCGAGACAAGGAAGUAUGGAAGGUUCGAAGCGCCAUUACGCUUUGUACACAGUAGUGUGGUUGGUGUGCUCUCUGCCUGUGUUGGGUGCAGAAAUAUGCGAGUUUUACAAGAAGAUUUUCGAUAUGGAUUGGUCGAAAUGGAAUGCUUCGAACAUCGGGAAAAAUAACGUGUCUUUUAGGUACCGAAUUAAUCGGUCGACUUGGUACUGUGCCGGUAGUAUGUAUUGUUGUGGGAGGGAUUGUUGUCAUGACCCUAGCUACUACGAUUCCAACCAAGGUAGAAAAUCUACAACGUCCGCCGGGACGGUUGUGGGUGCAGUAGUGGGUGGUACUGUGGGGGUAUGUGCGCUCCUGCUUUGUUGUAUGGCAUUUCGUAAAAUUCAACGCAGUAGAGAUACAGCGAUACCAAUGAGAGUGACCUAUUCUGACACUGGUACUGCUGUGAUCCGUCAGAGAUAUCCAGAUGAAGCAGGCGUACCCCCAGUGCCUACAAUUCAUGAUCGACAAGACAUCUCGCGACAUUCUCCAUCAAGUGUGCAUAAUACUUAUGUAAUUUCUUCCCCACAGGAUAUUCCGGAAUCGAACGUUCCGCAGCAUGGAUAUGAUCAUUCUCUUACUCACUCCACAACACUUGAUGCACCUCCGCCUUCUUACGAGUACGUCAUGUCACAUGAUGUUCCUGUUGAUUCCAAUAAGAAUUGAACAAAUUCGAAUUCAGAAAAGUUAACCGUAGACUUUAGUUAAGAUGACAUAAAGCAAUUAAAACAUGUAGAUUAGGAUUGUUAAAUCGCUCAUGUUUGUUUCGUGUCGUUGACACGAUUGUUAUCUGAACAGAGGGUGUCGUUGGAUUACAUGUACGUACAUGUACCAUAAAGACUUCUGCGAAAUAAUCACAAAUACACUGCUCUGUAUAUUAUUGUAAACUACCCUGGAUAUUGUUAUUUAAUCGACCAGACUAUCAAUUUUAUGUUAAAGUGACCAAUAAAACCCUGUCUUGUGAUA